AUGACUAGUCUCGCAUCCUUCGAGCUUCCCAAGUGGAUUGAAACCAAUAAGAAUAAUGGCUUGCUGGUACUGGCCGGAAGCGCGACGCCCGCACUGUCAAUAGAGGACCUGAUCCAGCUGUCCUCCGACAAGCAAACCACAGCAUCCAACCUAUCUCUGCAAACCCUAAAACUAACCCUCAGCCCCUUCGACGGGAGCGAAGCGCUCCGUGAGAAGAUUGCCACUCUAUACAACGCUGGUAUCACAGCAGAGCAUAUCCUCCCAGCCCAAGGCACCACCGGCGCCAACACGCUCGUCUUCCAGAGCCUCCUCAGCCCCAGCGACCAUGUCAUUGCUAUGUACCCAAGUUACCAGCAGCUGCUCUCGCUCCCCACAGCCACAGCUGGCGUGGAAGCGUCGCACUGGAUCCUGGACCUGGAUAGCCCGGCGCACACCAGCAUCCAGGCCCUCAAAGCCCUGAUCCGGCCAACCACGAAAAUGAUCAUCCUCAACAACCCAAACAACCCGCUGGGCACAGUCCUGUCCCGCACGGCGCAAGCCGAGAUCGUCGCGCUCGCUGCCGCCCAUAACCUCACCCUUCUCGUGGACGAAAUCUUCCGCCCGCUGUUCCAUGACUCGGAUGAGACGCCGCUGUCCUUCGUUGAGCUGCCGUACCAGAACAUCAUCGUCACGAGCUCCAUGAGCAAGGCUUGGGGCCUGUCCGGGGCCCGAGUUGGCUGGCUUGCAACGCGAAGCGAGGCGAUCCGGGCUCGGUGUUUCGACCGCAGCCUGUAUACGAUCAUGGCGCUGAGCACGGUCGAUGAGCUGAUCGCCACAGAGGCACUGAGCGAGCGUUGCCGCCCAGCUAUCCUAGCGAAGCAUCUGGCGCUGGCACAGACGAACCUCGCUCUAUUGGACGGCUUCGUCGAUCGGCAUCGGGACACCGAGUGCAGGCGGCACGGCUUUUGUGCGCUUUGCGCGUGGGGGGUCGCGGUUGACGACGUCGCGUUCUGCCGCGAAUUGAAGGAGAAAAAGGGUGUCCUGCUGGCGCCGGGGAGUCUUUGUUUUGGAUUGGGUAGCGAUCAGGACUUUCGGGGGUUUGUUCGCGUGCAUAUUACGGUGCAGCCGGAGGUCAUGCAAGCGGCGCUUGCGGCCAUUGGUGAUUUUCUGGAAGAAUAA